UCAACUCUUUGUACAGUUAUCAUGGAUUGACUCAAUUAAAUAUGAAGUUUCAAGUUAUUGUUCAAACUGAAGUCUUAAAUGGUUACACGUUUCAUGACAAACUCUGUUCUUCAGGAGUGUUUGGUUAUACAUCACAGGCAUCAGUGUCAGUGAUUAAAGGAGAAUCUGUCACUCUUAAAAAUCCUCUAACUCAAAUAAAGCAGAAUGAUUGGAUUCAGUGGUGGUUUGGGGAAUAUUUGAUAGUUGAUACCAAUGCAACGACUGGCUGCAAGACAGUAUGUGAUGAUGUUCUUGACGGGAGAUUCAGAGACAGACUGAAGCUGGACAAUCAAACCGGAUCUCUGACCAUCACAAACAUCUCAACUGAACACACUGGACGUUAUACACUACAGAACAGACCAAUGAGCAAAAGUUUCAUUCUCACUCUCUACGAAGAGAUAUCAGUGACAGAGGGAGAUCCUGUCACCCUAAACAAUCAUUUUACUGAAGCAAGUGACAGUGACAUACUGUGGGAGUGUGAAACAGAUAAGACUUCAAUAGCUGAAAUCACUAGAGCUGCAGGAAGAUUCUCCACAUAUGAUGGUCCUGAUGGGAGAUUCAGAGACAGACUGAAGCUGGACAAUCAAAGCGGAUCUCUGACCAUCACAAACACCACAGCUGAACACGCUGGGCGUUAUAAACUAAAGCUAAUAGGAAAGAUACGGUUAUUUAAAGCAUUCCGAGUUUCUGUCUAUGCUCGUCUGUCUUUACCUGUCAUCAGCAGUAACUCUUCACAAUGUUCUUCAUCUUCAUGUUCACUGCUGUGUUCAGUGGUGAAUGUGAGUCAUGUGACUCUCUCCUGGUACAAAGGAAACAGUUUAUUGUCCAGCAUCAGUGUGUCUGAUCUCAGCAUCAGUCUCUCUCUACCUCUGGAGGUGGAAUAUCAGGAUAAAAACAGCUACAGCUGUGUGCUCAACAAUCCCAUCAGCAACCAGACUCAACAUCUGGACAUCACUCAACUCUGUCACACAUGUUCAGACUCUGUCCACUGCUGUGGUUCUACUGAAGCUGUGAUCCGAUUGGUCCUCUCUGCUCUGGUGGGCGUGGCUACUGUCGUUAUUCUGGUUUAUGACAUCAUCAGAUCCAGAAAAGAUGAAAAAGAUUAA